AUGAGGCGGGAAGAGGAGGAAGAGGAGGGAGCCAGGAUGAAGGCCAAAGGAGACCUGGAGAUGAAGGAGGAAGAGGCAGGCAGUGAGAAGGGAGAGGCGGUCGGCUCUUUCGCGAGCGCCAUGCCCGCCUCCAUGCCUCACAACAAGGGGUGCCGGUUUUCUGAGGCUUGGGAGUAUUUCCACCUGGCCCCUGUUCGUGCCGGCCACCACCCUAGCCAGUAUGCCACUUGCCGCCUUUGUGGCAGGCAGGUGAGCCGCGGCCCAGGGGUUAACGUGGGCACCACAGCCUUGUGGAAGCAUCUGAAGAGCAUGCACAAAGAGGAGCUGGAGAAGACUGGCCACGGUCAGGCGGGGCAGCGCAAGGACUCCAGGUCUCAGGGCCCCCGGCUCCCCACGGGUAUCGAGGGUGACUGGGCCCGACUCCUGGGGCAGCUGGGGACCCUGGCUUUGUGGGCCAGCCAAAGGGAAAAGGAGGUGCUGAGGAGGGAGAGGGCAGUGGAAUGGCGGGAGAGGGCAGUGGAAAGGAGGGAGCGAGCCCUGGAGGAGGUGGAAAGGGCCAUCCUGGAGAUGAAGUGGAAGGCGAGGGCUGAGAAGGAAGCCUGUCGGAGGGAGCAGGAGCAGCUUGCAGCGGCCCAUCCUCUCCAUUUUGUUUAA